GUUCAGUAGAAUAAGCCAACAUAGUUGGCCUGCAACUUGAAUCAAUAAAGAAGAUAGGAAGAGAGAAGAGAGAAGAGAGACCAGAGAUCUGGUAAAAUCUUGAUUUGUUUUGAGUAAACAAGACAAACGAGUCACAGAAUCUGAUGAAUAAAGGCAUGUAAACGAUAGAACAAGUUUUCCUUACCAUCACCAACAAUUCUGGGGAAAUGACUACUCGUCAAAUCUGGGGUAACCUCCAUUAGUCCUCUUGAAGCAACCGAGCUUGAGUAGCUGCACAAUGAUUCACUGCAUACGUGUUAACGAGUAGAUUAAUCCUUCACUGUUUCACUUUCCCUUAACCCAACAGAACUCAUUGCUUGCUUGUCAACUCGUGGACUAAUCAAAUAAAUGAAAAGGAGAGGCAUGCUAGUAAUUUGUCUUCAUCUCCAAUUGGAGUGAAAACCAACAAGAAGAACCUAGACUCAUUCCCGCGUAGGUGAAUGAUCAAUGACUUAGCAACUUCAAAGAUGAGUAAGUGAAUCCAUCAUCAUUGCCCAACCGGCGACAUGUAGUAUAAAUAUGAAUCCCAUCCCAUUCCAUUCCCCUUGAUCCUCGAUCUCAAAGAAACCCUGCCAUGAAACAACAGAAAGAAAUGGACCAAGGUAAUCACGCGAGGGGAUCAGUCUUGCCAUUGAUGGCACAGGAAAAGCCCAAAUCCACUACUGGACUACGGCUGCGUUGGAGGCCAAAUAAAAGGAGCCUUGAGGCUAAAGUACUCGAGAAGCUGAGAGCCAAGGUUUCAAAGAAGAGAGCAGAAACAGAACGCAAGAAGGAGCAGCUAAACCAAAUGGAAGCCAAACUGGAAGAGAUGAAUUCUGAACACGCCGGAAUGCUCGAUGACAACAGGCUGACAUUUGAGGAGAACGUCCACAUCCAACUCUAUGUGGAUUACAUGCUGUUUGCCUUCUUAUAUGGCUAAUGCAGGGUGAAAACAAACCGUGUGUUACCGCAUAGUGUAAGCACCUUAGUUUUGUAUACUGGAAAUAUUAGAGGUUUAUAUGUAUUCCCAACCUCCCCCAACUUGGAGUUUUAUCUUAAACCAAUGAAACAUAAAAAUUUGUAGGGGAAGCUUGUGGUUUUGUCCUAAACAGAAUAAACAACAAAAUUCUAAUGUAACUAGUUUGGCAUCAUUGUUGCUGUCUUGUGUAUAUCUGUGUGGGCGCUUGAGCAG